AUGUUUGCGCGGGUUACCGAGACAGACCGUGCUCGGGCCUUGCAGCGCCCACCCCUGAUCUUGUCGUGCUCGAGGCGGACCGACGUGCCCUGGGCAUUUCUGCGGCAGUACCUGAAGGCCUUCCGCGAAGGUUUCAUGUACGUGCGGAGCCCUGUGACUGGGCAAAUGGACCCUGUGUGCCUCAGGCCGUAUGAUGAGUCCUCUGGCAAAGGUGUGCUUUGCAUUAGCUGGUGGUCAAAGAAUUAUUCAAAGUGGAUUGAGGAGUUCAAAAAGGAGGACAGCAUUCUCCACAGCUACCGGGUGCACAUGUUCAACUUCACGGUGAACUCCGAUGAUCUCGUGCUGGAACCCGGUAUGGCUGCACAGCUGCAAGAGCGGCUUGAGCAGGUCACCUGGCUGGCCACUCGCUUCGGCCCCCAUGCUCUAAACGUGCGCUUUGACCCCAUCGUGCAUUAUCGGCGAUUGCCGGGUCUUGGUGUCCACGACAACCUGCAAGACUUUGAACAGAUCGUGCGACACAUUGGCAGGCUUGGGAUUCGCCACAUCACCUUCAGCUUCUGCAAACCUUACAAGCAGUCCGUGCGAAAUAUGCUCUCAGCGGGCGUAGAGCUGGUAGCGCUGUCGGAUGCACAGCAACGACAGGUCCUAGACCGCUUGCUGCCGAUAGCGGCACUGAGCAACGUGGAGCUGCGCUGCUGCUGCGACACCGGGCUCGUGGGCUACCGCAUGGCGUCGCCAGUCGCCGUGCCUGAGGUCAGGAAGCUGCGGCGAUGGGGCCUCAAGAAGGACAAGAAAGACGGGAAAGAGGGGAAAGAGCUCCUCGCUGCACCUCUGGUCCCGGAGGUCGGGGAGUCGCGAUGCCUGGACGCUCGGCUAGCAGAUCGUCUGGCCCGCGAUUUGGGUUUGAAGGUGACUUUCCCGCACCAGAAAGAUCGGGGCCAGCGCGAGCAGUGCAACUGCACUGGGAGUAGAGAGAUCGGCCAGUACGAGCUCCAAUGCCCGCACUCUUGCUUGUACUGCUACGCGAACCCCAAGCCGGUGCAGCCCGGCGCAACCGGCGGCAGCUGA